UGAAUGGUCGGCACCGAAGGACCCUUAUCUGUGAAACAAAAUGGCGUCCCGGUAUUACUACCACGUAUUGACAACACUUCUCAUAACAAAUAGACUGUUCCCGGUUUGUACGGAGAUAGUACUUGGUGAAAAUGUGGAUGACGAAUUCGACUUUGACGGUCUUCCAGGAGUUCAGCAUGAGUUCAAAGUGGAAGUACCGGCGGGGAAGGAGGACUGUUUCUAUCAGUUCGCUGCGGAAGGGAGUAAACUCUAUGUGUCGUUUAACGUCUUGAGAGGAGGCGACAGGAACAUCAACUUCUUCCUCAUCGACCAGAACCAUGCCGUGAUAGACGCCCACUACGAAAAGCCAGACGCCAUGGUGGAGGCAGAUGUCAAGGAAAACGGCUAUUACCAGGUCUGUUUCGACAACACACAGAGCAGGUACACCUCCAAGCUGGUGUACUUCUACCUGGUAACCAUCAUCAUGGACAAGUGGAGCCAGUAUAUGAUUGACGUGUCUGAGAUUAAGGACCUGACUGUCAAUCUGUCAACGAUACUCGAGGGCGUGGAGCUGUCCCUGACAGACGUUGACAAAUAUCAGCUGCACUCUCGCCUCAACGUCAUACGCGACUGGUACCUCCUCAAAGCCAACGAGCGCUACGUGGGGUACUGGUCCACGGCCCUGUGUGUUGUAGUCCUGGUGGCGGGGGUGGGGCAGGUGUUCUUCCUGAGGAGGAUGUUUCGGAUGCCCGUCGUCACCCCCACGUCCAAACCUCGGGCGUGAUUGAUAUUAAGUUUUGAUGUGUAUAUAUCGUUAUAGUCGUUAUAUAAGUUUUCAAUCAUCUGGAAUAUGUUGAAUGUGAGUGAGUUGGUUUUGAACAGUAUUCCAGUAAUAUCAUUAAAUGUUUGUUUAUUGUGGGAGCAAAGCCUUUAGUUACUGAAAUCCCGUAAAACAAUUCAAUACUUUAAUACAAUAACCGACGUCGUGAUAUAUGUCAGUUGUCAUUGCCUUGUACUCGCAAGUGUCCUCGUGCUUUAACUAAACAGUUCAGGGCAAGACUGUACAUAAUUACAUCAUACACGGGUAGAACGUCUCUUCUUUAUGCUACUAGUGAUAAAAUCAGAUCUGUUUAUUUAGAAUAAUGGCCCAUCUAAGGGCUUUUGGCUAUGCUCGUUUGUUACGGAUGGUUUUGUGAAAGCACGAGACAUAUAAGGUAUCAUCUUCGCUUAUCCAGUGUAUUAUACUUCCAUUUACUAUGCUAUAAACGUUGGACCCAUCCGCCACCAGUGUCGUACCGGAAGUGAUCUCACCAGAUCUGUCACUUUCACAUUUGGUGCAGAACUGCUCUCACUCAGUACAGUAAUUUGAUUGGACGGCUAUUUUUAGUGUCGUAUUAUUUGAGCUCAACACAAGACUAUGACAUCUGAUGGUCACAACGGAAUAUAUACACAUGUACAAUUUACUGGAUAUUCAAGGGUGGUAUGUAUUCAAAGUACUUGCUCACGUAUAUUGUUCCCUACAUGGUGUGUUGUGUCUCGUCGUGUUUAUAACAAAAUAAAUGUGAUAAAUACAAA